AUGGCAGCACCGAUAUUCGUACUAGAAACGACGGCCCUUAAUGCUGUCCGAUCACUUCCGUCAGACAUCUACCUCGUCCACGCGACAAACUGUAUCGCAGAGUGGGGCGCUGGCAUAGCGUCUGAGCUUGCACGCGUCUUCCCAGCCGCAUACACAGGAUACAAGACAUUCUGCCACGCCGAUGCGUCUUCACGAUGGCCAUCGCCAAAGCUCGCGGGGCAGUGCUACAUCAUUCCCCCACAGGCUCCAGACGUGGCUAGCGGGGCGCCCAAGAUACACAUUGUGUGUUUGUUUACCAGUUACGGGUACGGUAGAGCGAACGCGAGGACCGGAAAGCCAGGAAGAGACGCAGCCGGGAAGAUCUUGAAGCAGACGAGGUUGGCUUUGAGGAACAUGAGGACGCAGAUUGACGCGCAGGCAGGGAAGAGAGAAAAUGGGCCUGUGACGAUCUAUUCACCAUUGUUCAAUUCGGGCGCGUUUCGUGUACCGUGGGAGAAGACGUCCAAAGUUAUCGAGGGGGAGUUUGAAGGGUUUGAAGGGCGUUGGAUGGUGAUGGCGCCCCCGUCUUCUCAACAGUGA